UAUAUACUUCCUAUUCCCAUUUGUUUACCUUACAAUUCUAAACUUCUAAAGUCUCUCAUUUUUCACUCUUAUUACCCUUCACAAACCCACAAUAAUUACUCUCUCUGUCUCAAAUUAGUUUUCGUAUAAUAUAAUGGCGGAUUUCUUUGAAUUUGAAGAGUCGGAGAUUGUAUUCUCCGACGAUUCCUCCUCCAAUCAAGCCAGCAAUAACAAUGAUCGCCAAUCCAACUCGAGAUCGAUCUGUGUUAGAACAAGCACGAUCUCGAGGUGGAGGAAGGAUGAACAAUCCUCUGUUCCGGUGAAUAUUCCGGGGAGUCCUAACUCUUCUUCAUCAUCUUCUCCUCCUUCUCCUUCGCCUCAAUAUGAGAAGGUAGAUUUUGGUGGGUAUUUUUUUGAAGAUGACAAUGAAAUGGUUCCUCCUCAUGUGAUUGUUGAUCGAAGAUCAAGUGGUUUUGAUAGUUAUGAGAAGAAUGUUAGAGUGAAGAAUAUGAUUCAUGUUCGAAAUUCUAUCCUUAAAUUGACUGGUUUUCUUGAAUCUUAACAAUUUCUCUUUUGUCAAAACAAAAUUAUUGGGGCAGUUAUUUGGGAAAAAUAAAAAUUAUAAUCUAGAAUUCUAUAGAUAGGAAUUUGUAUAUACUUCAUAAGUUUCCCUUUUUGGGUAUUUUUUUUUUCCCCAUGUACAAGAGUUGAUGUAUUGUAGUUUGCGAGAAUAUAUAUGUUCUCAGAUUUUGUAACCAAAGUUGCAAUUAUAAUUUUUGCAAUUAACAGAGUUUACUAAUUUUAUUUUA